UCUUCCCCCUAACACAACAAGCUUGUUGCAACCGAUGGACCAGGACAUAAUCAACAACCUGAAAAUCAAGUAUCGCCAGCGACUGAUAAAAUACAUAUUGCAGUGCGACGAGAAGAAAAUUGAGCCCAAUAUCAACGUGUUGAUGUCAAUUAGAUUCCUGAAGUCGGCUUGGAGUGAUAUAAGUGUGUCGUGCAUAUCAAACUGUUUUAGAAAAGCGGGUUUUCAGGACAACAGCGUUGAAGUCAACUUAGAUCCUGAUGAUGAAUUCGAUGAAGAUGAUGAUGUUCCGUUAGCACUCUAUGCUCAGAGAUUAAACGGGUCAUUUGAAGAUAUUGUUCGUGUGGACGAGAACGUGAUAAGUGUUGAGACAAGAUCCGAAGAUGACAUCGUCAACGAUAUUCUUGGCAUUAACUCUGAACCAAACAGCGCCGAUAGCGACGAUGAUGACGAAGUCGUAGAAUCGACAGAUCUUCCAAAUCCGGACGAUGGCAUUAACUCCAUUCAUUCGUUGAGGCAAUGUCUUGAAAGAAGUGUCAAGGCCCCAGAACGUCUCUUUACUUAUCUGUGUGAAAUUGAAAAUUUCAUACACGCCAGUAAAUCAAAGCAGUCAAAACUCGACGAUUACUUUAACGUGGCAUAAUGCCCGAGAUAAAAACCGGUUUAUGUCGUGAGCACAUGUACAUGUAUCUAUGUUUGUAAAUCUAAUUUAUUUUUAUUGACUGCCACAAUAAAAGAAAUGUUAAUAAAUUCUAUACAAUUUCAUUGUCUACCACAAUAAAAAGAAAUUCCGGAAAUUAUAUAUCUUUAUUGAAUUGGUUCUAUUUUUAAUUUGCCAGACAUUUAUCCGGUUGCAAGUUUGUGGUAGUUAAAUGACGAAUAAUGAUAUGUUUUAUUUCUUU